GGAUAUGAAAAUAAGAUGAGUAUAAUGGUCAUAUAAAUGGUCUCGUGUUUGCUCAAUUGUUGUUUGAAUGAAAAGAUUAUUGAAUAAUGGUCUAGAAGUCUGAAUCUUUGACCAGUCAUUGAAUUUACGCAAUGAUAGCUACGACGGACGCCUCAUUUUCAAGCUUUCUAUUUGGACUUUCAAAUCACGUCACAUUUGAAACACUGAAGGUGAAUUGUUAUAUUUGUUUAAAGUUAUUCGAUUUAGCUGACUAAGAACUUAAAUUGAGAACUUUUACUAUCUCCAAUUUACAAAUUGCCUACUUUAGUGAUGAAGAAACGCUGGCUUUGCGUCGUUUGUGCUCCCAUCAUUCUUUUUCUUCUGCUAAACGCACUUCUCGCCAUUAUGCCCCUGGUCGUGGAACCAGAAGUGUUUGCGACAAGUUGUCAAUUAGCCGAAAUGUACAAUUUCGAUUGCACAGAACAUUCUGUCACUACUAAAGAUGGAUACAUACUCACUGUUCAUCGCGUCAACAAACAGAGUUCGAAGUUGAAAAAACCUCCAGAAACGUCGGCAAAUAUGAGCGAAAAAUCGAAUGGUCGAUUAGCCGAAAACAAAAUAGCUUUACUAAUGCACUGCCUGGAAUGUGAUUCGUCAGUUUUCUUAACGAAUACUGCCAAAAAGUCGUUAGGAUUCAUGCUCGCUAGCUCCGAUAUCGACGUCUGGUUAGGAAAUGUGCGUGGAACUUACUAUUCCAAGAAACACAGGAAACUUUCAAUUGAAGAUGAAAAGUAUUGGGAUUUCACGUGGCAAGAAAUGGCUUGGUACGACUUGCCAGCGAUUGUAGAUUACAUAAAAUCAGCUACAAACCAACAAAAGAUUUACUAUAUUGGCCAAUCUCAGGGAACCCUCAUAGGUCUAACUCAGUUUGCUCAGGACCCAGAUUUGGAAGCAUCUAUCAAACGUUCUUAUAUGUUAUCGCCUUUCGUAACAUUACAAAACAUAAGAAGCCCAGUGAAAUAUUUUCUUGGCCUUUUGUAUACUUAUGGAAAGUUUAUUGGUGACCGACAUUUUUUUCCUUUUUCCCACACUACCGCAAGUAAGCUGGCAGCUUUAUUUUGUCCCAAAAAUGUGCAAGGGUUUUGUCUUAUGGUUUACAGACAUUUCAGCGGGUUCAGCAGUCCUGACAAUUUAAACCCAUCUCGUAUAUCAGUUUAUUUCGCCCACGCAGUUUCAGGAACUAGCCUGAAGAAUGUGCGGCAUUACGCUCAGUUGCAUGUGCAGAAAACCGCUGCCUAUUUUGACCACUUAGACUCAGACGUGAACUUGAGAGCGUACGGAGUGGAGAAACCUCCUAUUGUUGAUGUGAGUAAUGUCGAUAUUCCCGUUGCGCUUUUCGCAGGCGAUACUGAUUGGCUAGUUUCAGAGGUGGACGUUCAAUACUUGAAAGACAGACUGCCUAAUGUGUUUUAUUUUAAAAACUGCACCGAUUUUGCACAUUUAGAUUUCAUUUGGGGAACGCAUGCGGAUGACUGUGCGUAUAGAACUAUUGUGUCUGAUAUUUUGAACUCUUAGGUAAAUCUUUUUAUGCACCUGAUCUUUUUAUACCUGAAUAAAAUUUUGA